GUACUGGUAAAAAAUCAUUUCGCUGGUUUAAAUUUUAUUGACAUUGCUGUGAGGAAGGGAAUCAUGAAAAUGGUAGCAUUAGGUGGAAUUAUGGGAUUUGAAGGAGCUGGAACAGUGGAAAAACUUGGAGCUGAAGUCCAAGACCUCUCUCUCGGAGACAGAGUUGCUUUUGCUUUUGUUGGCUCAAGUGAGUUGUUUUUGUUAUAAUAAUAUUACUUUUAGACACGCAUUGCUAAAACGAGGGUAAGGGUAACACCAAGGGUAAGGGUGCGGGUGAGGGUCUGUUAAGAAGGCUUAUUGUCAUUAAUUCCCUGUCAUUAAGCAUCAUCUGGCAUAUUAUUGGAAAACGAUGCUCUUUAAAAUGAAAGGCUGGUCCAGAGCUGAUCUAAUUUUAAGGUUUGGCUAGCUUUCGCGUUUCUGUUGCAGUUAAGUAUUUCCAACAACGUGACUGCAAAUUAAUUUUUUGCUCUUGAAAGGCUUGAAUAAAGGCACGGAUUAAUAGUCUUCGAUCGUUAUCUGUGCACUAAGGCACUGUUUAUAUGGGGAUGUGGGACCCUGGGUUGGCGAGGUGAUCCACAAAAGGGUUAAAAUGCAAACCACCUUUUCAUGCAAUCGUAGCUAACAUCCACAAUCCCUCAUGUUACAAAAAAUAUGCUGACAAUCUUUCAGAUAGGUUACAUUUGGAGACGAGCAAACUGUACAUCUAACACUUUCCCUUAAAAAAGGCAAUUGUAUGGUCUUCAAACCGCGCCAAGUCCAAGACGUACGAAUUGUAAAAUUCAAAGAAAUACAAAGUAUAAAGAAGACAAUUUUGUGGGGGGAGAAAUUUUGGAUGAAAAUCUAAAUUGCAAUUCCCACAACAAUUCUCACCCCCACCCUUACCCUCACCCUUACCCUUACCCUUGGUGUUACCCUUACCCUCGUUUUAGCAACGCCGUUUAGACAUGGCAUGAACUGGAUUGCUUUUUAGGGAAAAUCACAUCCAGCUGUUAUGAAUUCCCCCUCCCAGGAAACACAUAUCCUUUGUGAUAUGUGUUCCCCUUAACCCGGGAACACACAUCACUAGUGAUAUAUGUUCCCCUUCCCAGCAAACACAUAUCACUAUACAUGAGCGAUAUGUGUUCCCCUACCCGGGAAACACAUUUCACUAAUGAUAUAUGUUCCCGUUCCCAGGAAACACAUAUCACUAGUGAUAUAUGUUCCCCUGCCGCAGAACACAUAUCACUAGUGUUAUAUGUUCUCCUUGCCAGCAAACAUAUAUCCCUAGUGAUAUAUGUUCCUUCUACCAAGGAAACGCAUGUCGCUAGUAAUAUGUGUUCCCCUACCCAGGAAACACAUAUCACUAAUGAUAUCUAUUCCUCUACAUAGGAAACAUGUAUCACUGGUGAUAUAUGUUCACCUUACUAGGAAAAACCCUAACCCUAACCCUAACCCUACCCAGGGCCAGGAAACACAUAUAUCCCUAGUGAUAUGUGUUCCCCUACGGAGGAACACAAAUCACUAGUGGUGUAUGUUCCCCUUCCCAGGAAACACAUAUCACUAGUUAUAUAUGUUCCCCUUUCCAGGAAACACAUAUCUCUAGUGACAUGUGUUCCCCUACCCGGGAAACACAAAUCUUUACUGAUAUGUGUUCCCCGUCCCUGGGAAACACAUAUCACUAGUGAUAUGUGUUCCCCAACUCGGGAAACACAUAUCCCUAGUGAUAUGUGUAAACCUACCCAUAUAGACAUAACAGUCAUAUGAAUGACCUCUUUGAAUUGUACGUUAAUGUUUUGUUUUCCUAAUUAGAGGUCCUAGCGGAACCUGACCCUUUGUCUUUUCAUAAAUUAUGGGUAGAUGCACUUUAAUAAGACAAAGUUUGAAAGAAACACUCUUCUCAAUCUGGAGUAUUAUCGCAUGACCUGUAUUGGGUAAAGAAAACAUACAAGCUGAAGUAGUCUAUUAUAAGCUAUAGUUCACUGCAUCCAGUAAGCACUUAAAUUUGCGGUGUUUUACAUUACAGAUGCUUAUGCUCAGUACAGUAAAGUGGCCACCAAAUAUGCUGUCAAAGUUCCUGAUUCUCUGUCCAUGGAGCAAGCUGCCAGCACACUGUGGCAAGGAUUUACCGCACAUGCAUUUGCUUGUUCAUCUUAUCCAAUCAAAGCUGGGGACAAAAUUCUAGUUCAUGCAGCUGCUGGUGGAGUGGGGAGUCUGAUUGUUCAGAUUGCAAAGAAUGCAGGUAACUAAAUAAAUUACUAAGGAUAUAACCCUCCGGGGAAUACUUUAGGAAUGUUUCGGUAGGGUUUCGCCGCUAGGACCCCAGAACCCUUUGCAACUUGUACCAGUCCUUUUUCGGCUGAAUUUUGCUACCGUAUAUAUACUAGACUAAACUCCCAAAAUCUCUCCCUAUCCUAGUGUCACCUCAUUACUCUACAUAGUUAGAAGGAAUGCUGGCAAAGUUGGAACUUACUAUAUAUUGGAGACAAUGUAUUGUUGAGGCGUUAUUAAUCCAGAAUGGUGAACCAGGAAACAGUUACGUUUUUGUACCUUCUAGAAAUAGUGAUAGCAUAGUUUGAAAGCUUGUUGCUGGAAUGUAGUCAAUAUCCUUGAAUUAAUAUUUUUCAGGAGCCUUUGUGAUUGGAACCACCAGUACAGAGGCCAAAGCAGCAAAGGCAAAGGAUUCUGGGGCUGAUGAGGUCAUCCUUUACUCACAGAAAGAUUUUGUUGAAGAGGUCAACAGGAUAACUGAUGGAAAAGGGGUGAAUGCAAUCUAUGAUGGUGUCGGAAAAACAACAUUUCUUAAGAGUAAGUUAAAAUUGUCUUGAUUUUCUCAAGUGUAAUUCCGCGCCCCAAACAUGGAAGGGAAUCGGGAAUCCGGAUUCCGGAUUCCAGAAUCCACGUUCCAGCGACAAGGAAUCUGGAAUCCACACUGUGGAAUCAGAAUCCAAGAAUGACUUGGAUUACCUUACAAUCAAUUCAUUUGAGUAGUCAAUCAAGUCACCAAUCACAUUAUAAAUGUAAGUUGAACAAUAUUAUUGUUCCAUAAAUUCGUACGGCCUUGAGAAAAAAUAAUCUCACUGAGUGAUCCAGAUUUCCAAGAUUUGCCUAUUUAUGUUCCAAUUAGCAGUAGUUGAUUAUGACCAGAACACAAUCACUUUUGCAAUUGAAGCUACAUUCAAAUCAGAAACAGUUACGCGGCAGUCCGAUCUUUACAACAACCAGGUAAGAUUCAUCAAAUGAUCCAACCAUUUAUGAAGCAAUAAGGCAAAGGCCUGGCAACACUAAAAGUAAAAAUGAAAAAAAUUGUUUGCCUGUACUAAAAAUGCCCAAAAAAAUUUCCGAAAAGAGAAAAUUCACGAGAUCUUAUCCGCGCAUGCGGUCCUCCGAAGAAGUCGCCAAAGUACGAAAAAGCCAGCUACAAGCGGAGCUUCCUGGGUGCAUACAGGUCGAAGCAGCUUGAAAGCUGACAUUCUGUCCGCGACCGAGUCGCAUUUGACAUUGACUGAUGACCGAUUGACUUUUCUAUUGUAUUUUUUGGCGUUUUAAAAAAAAUGGUUAAGCCCGAGGCAGAACCAAGGCGCUUUUUAAAAAUGGCAAGCUUUGCAAGUGCUAAAAAAACAUAGAAGAAACUAUUUAACGCAAUUAAACGUGUGAAUGACAAAAUUUUUCAAAAUACGCUUUGAAAAAGGAGAAAAACCAGACUUUUCGAGGGUGCUCCCUCUUCUUUAGUGGUCUUAUAGCAAUGCUUCCAUCUGGUCUUCGUGGCUCAGUCGUUAGAGCAACGGAAGUCGUGGGUCCGAUCCCCACCGAGGUCAAAUAAUUUUUUUCUGCCCCUUGCGUGGUUCCCCGAUUCUCGUUUUUAGAGCCAACGCACAAGUUAGCGCUACAAGUUAACUUUUCAGCGUUAAAAUUCUCUGUUCCAUCCUUUUGCACUCCCUUUAAAGCGGAGCUCUCACGCGCGAAACGCUCCCAGUAGAGCACCAUGGGUACGAGAAAAAGGUAACCUAUGCUGGAUGGGAGAAAAGUUGGUAAUCACGUGACCGUUCGUACGUUGGUUCGUACUUCUGUCGGCCCCUACAUGAUAGCCGAUGUCAAAUGUCUCAUGUAUCACUUGCACUUUACUGUCAGUUAUGCCAUCCAUAUGAGGAUGGUUUGACAAACAGACACAAGUGGUGAAAACGAGUGGCAGCGAAAAUAAAAAGCUAACGGGAACACAUACGACAGUUCCUCCAUAAAACGUGUAACUAGGAAGUUUCACGUUAAAGUCGUGCAAAACAACGGCAAAGGAACGUCGAAAAAAAGAGUACGGCAGGUGCAAAGUUGUUCUUUGCUAAUUAGACCUAUUGAUUUUUUUGCCGUUCUCGUCGCUGUCGUCGUUACACAUUACACGAUUUUAUUUUAUUGUUUGAGUAAACUAUAAGUAUGUUAACGAGAGCUUCGUUUUUAGCCCUGGCUAAAUCUAUAUAUUAAGGUCUAUCAAUGAAUCCCACGGCUGUGGCCUUCGCAUUUCUUUUAAUUCAGAUAGACGAGUACGUGGGCAGGCUGCAACGCAGACUAGAUCAUCUCGCGCUACAAGUUACGCUUUAGCGUUAAUUCUCUAUUUCAUCCUUUAAUAGUUGGGGUCUUUAUUAGGUCUAUCACUGAAUCUGUCGCCCUUGCAUUUCGUUUUAUUCAGACUUUGAUUGCUUGGCGCGAAGAGGAACAGUGGUUGUUUACGGUGGAGCUUCGGGCCCUCCCGAUCCACUAAACGUCGGCACGUUAGCCAAGGGCUCCUCUUACGUGACCUUUGGGCACUUUCUCCACUUUGUAGAGGACCCCGCAGAAUACAAACAGAGAGCUAACGAGCUAUUUUCUUGGUUGGCCGAAGGAAAGCUUAAGUUUAGCGGAGGAAUCACGGUUGUCCCUCUGGCUGACGCGAAGAAGGCUCAUGAUAUGUUGGAGGGAAGGCACACUACAGGAAAAGUACUUCUCCAGCCGUAA